AUGGGCUUAUUGAGCUUCUUAAAACGGGAGAAUGAGCGCCUCAAGGCUCCCUUGAGAGCUCAGGCCUACCACAACACAACUGCCUCGAAGCCUCCUGUCAAAGGCACUUAUCCGGUCGCUGGGGACGGGCCAAAAGAUGCGCCGGUACGGAAGCAUGUUCCCAGGAGGAUAGACACCAAUGCACCGAAGAAACCGGUGGUACAAGAUGAAGCGGCUGAGGAGGACGAUGUUGAUGCUGCCCCAACUCCAUUUGUACCCAGAUUCAACGAGCCAGUCCUGGAGCUUCGGCCGCCGACUUCCAACGAGUUGCGCCCGCCUUCGCGGUCAGGCUUGGCUCAUCAGCGCAUGUCGAGCUGGCUAAAGCGGGACUCAUCCAGCGGAUCGCCCCUAUUAAUAAAACGGCAGCGCCCGGCCUCGAUGCUAGCAUCACACAGAUCGGUCCCCGAGAAACUGAACUCGGUAGAGGAAAUCUCAUUCCAACCGAACCCCGCCGUAAAGCCGCCACCGCUUCCGCGCCUAACAACCCAUCGCCGCGGCGCCUCAAUAUACAGUUCGACCACUUCUACUACAGCCGCCUCAAAGGGAGGCUUUGUCGACAUCCUCGAUGCCCAGUCUGAAAUUAAGCCCUCCAGCUUUCGAAGUCGAGUCCAGGCAACUGGCGCAAGGGAUUAUGGCGAGGAUGUCGCCGAUCGAAACAUCGCUCUUAAUGUUUCGGAGCCUCCUCUCGCUUCCAGACGCACUUUAUCCUACUACACCCCUUCCACUACUACGACAACAACAACAGAAACCCCCUUUCAUCUUCGCCGGCUCCCCAUGUCUCGCGAAGCGUCACAAGGUCUUUUCCUGGACAGCCAUCGAUAUUAUGCCGCCUCUGACGCCGACGAGCUGGAGAGGACUAACACAGUAAUGUCCUCCCCGCGUGCCGUCCCUAGAGCGCGACCUGUGAGCUCAGCUGGCUUCGUCCCGUUCCCAUCUCGGGGCCAUGCCUAUGCUCCUAGAGAAGCCGGUACGGCUCCCAGGCCUCGCCUGGUCGGUAUGAUCAACUCUAGCCAUGCCGGAUACAUGUCAGAUUAUCAGCCUCGGGGACGGCAUUCGAGACUGGCAAGCAGAUCCAACAGCAUUACCGCUAAUGAUGUUACGAGCAACAGUUCCAGGGCGCCAAGCCUUAACCGCGGAUACCAAUCCGACAGCCGAGCCAUGCAGAGGCCGAAGACCAGCUAUCAAAUGUAUGGCAAUAAUGAAUUGGGUAUUUAUUCUUCCGACUUUGGAUCGACCCACUUUGGACAGACGCCUCCCAUGCACGUACCAGAAUUCUCCGAAAUUAUGAGCUUCAAGACACGGAGGCAACGCUCCAAGAGCGGAGUAAGCUCCAUAUCUGUUGCGACCGAGAGCAUCACGAAAGAGCGGCCAAAGACAGCUGCACGACCCUCUUCGCGCGACUCUAUCUCCAGCGCCAUACCACCACCCAUCCGGACCAUGGCGAGACGCCCGAGUGUAACCUCGGUAUCUAGCGACAAUGGCGAUGGGCGGUCGCCAUCUAGUGGCGCUUAUGAAUGGGGCCGAAUAGAUAUCGAGCGGAAUGCUGACCAGGCAGCAUCCCCUGCGCCCUCGCCCCAUGUCCGCAGGGGCGACCGCGGGGGCUACGAUGCCGACUCUCUCUAUAACUACGCCUCGCUUCGGAACAGGCAUAAGCUCGAUGACGUCGUGGAAACGGUGCCGAGGAGGAGGAGCAGCCUACGUCACUCGUCCAUCUCCUCGGCGACGCCUACGACGUCCAGCAUGAGCUCGAACCCAUUCGGGAGACCGCACUCCCGCCACACGGCCCAGACGUCGCUGGACCUGCCUUUACACUCGCCCACUUUUACGUCGAGUCACAGCUCAUUGGUGAGCGGAAGCGGGACCGGGCUCACCAGUUCGUCAUAUUGUGCGCACCCCGAGAGCGGACUGCAGACACCUGUCACAUCGUCGGCGGCGGCAACGAUUGUGAGGCAGAGCUCGUUCAACAUGGACGAUUAUCUGUCUUCGGAAGACGAGAUGGAAGGCGAACCAUUUUUGGUAUCAAAGCGACCCAAGAUGCCGGACGACGAGACGCUUCUCUUCAAUGAUGCGGGAUACGGUAUGCGUGGAACUCAGCUUCCGGGUCUUUUCGAAGCCAUCCCUGAGAUUCCAUACGAGAGCCCGCCGAAGUCAUCACAAUAUCUUAGUGACUCCUUUAGCCGCCGCCCUCUCGCGCCUCUUUCGAGGCCACCCGAUUUUAGUCCUCGCCCUUAUGCCCUCGAGACAGAUGACGAGGACGAACUGGGUGGCCUCGGCGAAGAAGCACCCCUUCCGAUUAGGGACAUUUCCGCCCGCGUCAAGGCGAUGCGAGCUGCCCUCUACGAAGCCAUCGCCGAGGAAAAGCUGGGCAAGGUGGAUGUCAAGGCUGCGGUGAGAAUGAGGAAGGAGGCAAAGGCGAGAGAGAGGGCGUCGGCGAGGAAGGCCAAUGGGAGAGUUGAUCUUGAUGACGGGCAUCACGCUGAUGUGGAGUGA